UCCGGGUGAGAGAUACAGGAAGUUUGUGCUCAGUGAGAAGCUGCCAGGUGACAGACGUAGAGCUUCCUCAGAGAACUGCGUUUAUUUUUUAUUAUUUUUAGUCAUCUGAGAGUGACAGGUUUCCGCAUGUCACUCACAUAUCGAUGUUUAAGAUAAAACAGCGAGAAAUGUAAUGAAAAAAGCAACAUAGUCUGCUGUGUGACUCAAUAGUAGUAGUUAGUUUAGCAGAUUUAUGAUCAGUUUCAGCGUAUGAGUGAAAGAAGCAGCGAUUGUAUGUUUUGAACGUUACCUUCGUGUAAUUCGUCGUUUUGUGGAGGUUCUGGAUGGAUGUGUGUGGUGAAUAUGAGCUCUCAGGAUAAGAAGACAGACUCAGAUCCCAGACAUGAGGAGGAUCAGAGCAGCCCUGCAUCUGAAGACAACAAACAGGUUAUUUGUCUGGGCAACAAUGAAGUGAAGAGUCGUGCGGUAGUGAAGUACUCGGCCGCUCCGCCGCCCUCCUCCUAUGCAUUACUACAGGAGAAGACCGACCUCAAGCUGCCCCCAGCAAACUGGCUGCGGGAAAAUGCUCAGCUGGGCACUGCGGGGACCACCGUACUCGGAUCCAGCAGGAAAAGCAAACCCUUCACCAGUUUUGGGAUGGCGUACGACUUCAUUGACUGUAUAGGUGAUGAUGUUGAUGUUGUGUCUGAUUCAGAGAAUAUCAAGAAGUUGUUGAAAAUCCCCUACAGUAAGUCUCAUGUCAGCAUGGCUGUUCACAGAGUGGGCAGCACGCUACUGCUAGAUGAAUUGGACAUUCAGGAACUAUUCAUGAGGUCAUCACAGACUGGUGACUGGACGUGGCUGAAGGAGUUUUACCAGCGUCUGAUUGACCAAAAGUGGCAAAGAAAGAAGAAAAGUAAAGAACAGUGGAAUGAGAAGGCCAUCCUCUCGAAGUUUCUCUAUUACAGUAUUAACAGUGAUGGGACUGCAGUGCCUGUACCGUCAGAUACAGAGCAGGCGGCAGAAGAGGGUUGUGGGACGGCGGCUGAAGGACCGUCUUGGCCUGCCACCUACAACAGUUCCACCACUGAAUCCGAGGGGUCUGCGAUACCCAAGGAGGAGCAGGUGGACACAUACACUUUAGGUCACGUGUCUUCGGUUUCCAAAGAGCAAAAUCUGCCCACAUUGUUCAAUGAAGGAGAAAAUAGUCAGUCUCAGGAUUUGAGAAAUGACUUUGUCCGGAAUAUUCUAUGGACAUUUGAGGACAUCCACAUGCUUGUGGGAUCAAAUAUGCCCAUAUUUGGAGGUGGUCGAUACCCAGCAGUCAGUCUACGACUCAGGGACAACAACAAACCAAUCAACGUUCUCACAGGAAUUGAUUACUGGCUGGAUAAUUUGAUGUGUAAUGUACCGGAGCUGGUCAUGUGCUUUCACGUCAAUGGCAUUGUGCAGAAAUAUGAAAUGAUAAAGACAGAGGACAUCCCGGAUUUGGAGAACUCUAUGUUCUCGACGCGGGUUGUCAAAGACAUUGCACAGAAUAUCCUGUCAUUCCUGAAAUCCAGCUGUACCAAAGAAGGACACACGUACUGGCUCUUCAAAGCUAGUGGAAGUGACAUCGUGAAGCUGUAUGACCUCACUACUCUGUGUGAAGAGGCGGCGGAGGAGAAAUGCCAGAAUCCCUUCACACUUCCUGUAGCGGUGCUUCUCUACAAAGUGGCCAGCAACAUGAUGCUAAAGAAGAGCCAAAACAGGAAGAACUAUGGGACCAUCAGAACUCUGUUGCUCAACUGUAUUAAACUGCUGGAUGAGGAGCGACAUCCACAGAUCAUCGCUUCGGCUCACUACAUGCUGGCAGAACUGUUUCAGCUGGAUGACGUGAGUGAGGACGAGGGGAACGGGGAGUCACUGAGGGGCGGGGGAUCUGAAGACAGCUACAGUGAUGAAGAGGAGGAGGAGGAAGAGGAGGAGGAGGAAGACGAGAGCUGCUCCUACAGCACGUCCUCUGAGCCGCAGGACGACUCCAAAGCGGUGGCCGUCAUCAAGUCUGUCGGGGAGCUGUCGGUUCCAGAGAAAUAUAAGAGCACACAUCAGAUCAGACCCAACUGUACAUUUCCCGUGUCACAAGACAAGGAGGAGAAGUGCCGACUGGUUCUCAGCUACGUUCUGAAGGGUUUAAAAGCCGUGGACAACAGCAUAAAGAAAGAGAGUGACCUUCCUGCGGCCGACCCCAGCACACCUAUCCCUCUAAAAUACGAGGAGCGGAGUCAGAAAGGAGCUAGAGACGUGGAGAAAGAGAUCGCUCUGCUGCUGGACAGAGUUGGGCCGUGUAACGAGGAGCUGAAGGUGAUGACACGCUCUGGUAUGUUACCGGGCACAUGGCAGCACCGCAUGAAACUGCAGCUGUUCCUGAAAGCGUCGAAAGCGUACUUCGUCCUGUCAGAUGCUGCAACCAACCUGCUGAAGUACGGACGGGCCCUGCGCUAUAUCAAACUGGCUCUGCAGUGCCACGAUGGGUAUUGCUCCAUCAGUGGUGGUCUCCACCCGCAGGUGCUUCUAUUCCACUGCCAGUGUCUGUCUCUGUGUGGAGAUGUUCAGCUCAUGUUGGCCCAGAAUGCCUCAAACAGAGCAGCGUAUCUGGAGGAAUACAACUACCAGACUAAAGACGACCAGGAGAUCCUCCACUGCCUGCACCGCGAGAGCUCCUGCCAAGCCUUUAGCAUGGCCACUGAUCUGGCCUCAGACCCAGAGUACCAGCUGAUUGUCAGCAGCAAGUGUUACGAGGCUGCCCAUGACCUUUUGACGUCAGGAGUUCUGAAGGACCUGGGACAGGAGCAGCUGGGUCAGGUUCUGAAACGGCUCGGUAACAUCCGCAACGAGAUGGGCGUCUUUUAUAUGAACCAGGCCGCGGCCAUGCAGGCGGAAAAACAAGGAGUGCGCAGGAGCGUGUGCGUGGCCGAGCAGGAGCUGUGGAAGAAAAGUUUCUCGUGUUUUGAGAAGGGCAUGCAGGAUUUCAAUGCGAUUUCAGACUCUGUGAACACAGCCCUGCUGCUGUGUAACAUCGGUCGACUCAUGCGUAUCUGCGCUCAGGCUCACUGCGUCACAACAUCAGAGCACAGCCGCGGCGAGUUCUCACCGGAAGAGGCCCUCUACUACAACAAGGCGAUAGAUUACUAUCAGCGGGCGCUGAAGUCUCUGGGUUGCAGGGAGGGUCACUCAGCCGUCUGGGACUCUGUAAACUGGGAACUCUCUACAACAUAUUUCACACUGGCCACACUCCUCCAGGACUACGCGCCGCUGUCCCGUAAAGCACAGGAGCAGAUCGAGAGGGAAGUCACCGAGUCCAUGAUGAAGUCCCUGAGGUACUGCGACCUGCAGACGGAGUCCGCUCGCCAGCCACUCUACCAGUACAGAGCAGCCACUAUCCACCACAGACUGGCUUCCAUGUACCACAGCUGCUACCGCAACCAGGUUGGAGACGAGAGCGUCCGUAAGCAGCACAAAGCUCUGGCAGAGCAGCAUUACAGUAAGGCUGUGCGGCUCUUCAUAAGUCUGAGUGAAGCCCCGUGCGAGCUGCUCCGCACGCUUCUGGAGAGAGUGGCCUUCGCUGAGUUCACCAUGGCAGGUCAGAACAGCAGUGCUGUGAAACUGAAAACUCUGACAGGAGCUCUAGAGAUCAUGUGUGAAACACGUCACGCUUUCAAACUCAUCCAUAAAGAGCUGCUGGAGCAACAGGAAAAGAUAUUGAUGCCAGAAGACUCGGACAGACCUGAAGAACUCCACGAGGCUUCAGAUAGUUCUUCCUCUUCUGAGCUCAACACUGAAGAGGUUGUGAAGUUAACUGGAAUCUUUGAGCCUAGUUUCUCCUUCCUGCUGCUGCAACUGAUUAAACUCAGCACUGCAAGCAAACGCAAACUUAGGUGA